GCCAAACACACCUCAAGAGCCUAAUUAACUUUUUUUUUUUUAAGUUUGUGGGUGAGGGUCUUGAUCUGUUGGAGGGAUUAACCUCUGAAUCACCAUCCCCUGAGAGUUACCUGAGACUAAAGGAGCCAGCUACUGCGCCUGCGUCGUAAAUGGGCUGGGGUUCAAAAUCACUUAACAUAAAAGGCCACACCCUUUGGUUUCACCACGUGAGGACUUUGAUCUCCAAGUUCGGUGCAAGUUAGCGAGUUUCUGUAGUCUAUACAAAUGGCACGGAAAUGCAGUGUAAACACGUGGAAUUGGUCCACACAUCUGGAGUAGACGGUUUAGGUACAGAGAGUCCCUACCUGGCGCCAAGCCUUGUUUUGUUUUGUUUUUGCUUUUUUUCUCCCUGAGUCCCUCGUGCACGUCCCCUAGGCAGCACAGGGUGGUUUGAUCCGGUCCUCUGCACCGCCCCCACCCCCUUCUGAUAGGCAGCGUGGUCGUGCUUGAAGGUCCCGCCUUCAGGUCACGUGGGUGCCUUUACCCGCGCUUCCUUCCUCGAGAGGUUUGUACUUGGAAGCUGGGAUUUGGGGCUGCAGCUUUGUCCUUCGGGUUUGCUUCGUCACCCUAUCCUACCAGCGCCCCAGCCCCACAUUGCAUCUGCCGCCGGAGGUCCCCACCAUGGCUCCUAUCGGAAGAAAGCGGAAGGCCGCGCCGGCAGAGACUGUGGACAAGCGCGAGAAACUGGCGGAGGGCCCGGCGGUGGUCAUUGAGCACUGCACGAGCUGACGCAUCUACGGGCGCCACGCUGCUGCCCUGAGCCAGGCUCUGCAGCUGGAGGCCCCAGAGCUGCCUGUGCAGGUGAACCCCUCCAAGCCGCGGAGGGGCAGCUUCGAGGUGACGCUGCUGCGCACGGACAACAGCCGUGCUGAACUCUGGACCGGUAUAAAGAAGGGCCCGCCACGAAAGCUCAAAUUUCCUGAGCCUCAAGAGGUGGUUAAGGAAUUGAAGAAGUACCUUUCCUAAGGUCGUUGGGCAGGGAGCCCCCAUGCUGAGCCUUCAUUCCCUGGAGAUGUUGAAGCAUUUAUGACAGUGCAUGGCCAAACUUAAGCUGUGUACCUGAAGCCACAGUUUCUUCACCAGAAAUGAUGGUUCCGUUGUGAGGCAGCCCUUGUAAAAGUUAUUUGGAUUGGUUUAAUAAAAGUUAAAAUUAAAGUGUCUGCGAGCAUGGGUCAAAUUUAAAUUUAGUCUUAAAAGGACGGACACAACCAGCUUCUGUGUGGAAACUGUAGGGUCUACGGUAAAACGUGAGAUGCUUUUAAAAAAAAACAUGGAUGUUGCUGUGUUUGGUGCUGUAUGCCUGCAAUCUCAGCACCUGGGAGACUGACAGGAAGACUGAAAAUUCAUGGCUAACCUGGUCUACAAGACCAGAUUGUUUUUUUGUAAAACAAAACAAAACUAUAAAAAUUUAUUUAUUAUGUAUACAGUAUUGUCUGCACGUAUGCCUGCAGGCCAGAAGAGGGCACCAGAUCUCAUUACAGAUGGUUGUGAGCCACCAUGUAGUUGCCAGAAAUUGAACUCAGGACUUCUGGAAGAGCAGACAGUGCUCUUAACCACUGAGCCAUCUCUGCAUCCCCCAAAGUAAAAUUUUUAAAGCAACUACUUUUAAUCUACUUCUUGGAAGUGGUUAUGGAGAGAACAUCUUCUAGGCCCAUCGAGGCUUUUGCUAGGCUUGUCAUACUGGCAGUGAGUAAGCCCCAUGGCUGGGCUUCGUGGCUGACUGUGACACCAGACACAGGGGCUGAGGCAGUUCAGUGCCAGCCUGGGCAUUUGAGAUCCCACUCAUUCUGGUGCUCUAUGUAAGAUAGCUUCAUUCCUUCGCAGACAUUCUUUAAGGAGAACACAAACUGUCCCUGAAUU